ACUUUCGCCCUCGGCCUCUCUCUCUGCGGCGGCGGCGGCGAUGGCCAGCGGGGCGCCCGUGCUGGAGCUGCUCGAAGAAGCCACUUGCUCCAUCUGCCUGGAGCUCUUCCAGGACCCCGUGCUCGUCCCGGGCUGCGGCCACAACUUCUGCCGGAGCUGCCUGGCGCGCAGCUGGGGGGAAGCAGAGUCGGAGGCUUCCUGCCCCCAGUGCCGACGGGCCUUCCGGCCCCAGGACCUCGUGGCGAACCGGCAGCUGGCGCUGGUGGCGGAAAUCGCCCGGCUAUGGGGCCUUCGGGGCGGGGAAGGAGGGGGCUUCUGCGGGACGCACCAGGAGCCCCUCAAGCUCUUCUGCAAGGACCACGAGACCCUCAUUUGCGUGGUUUGCGACCGAUCCCGAGAGCACAGGGACCACCGGGUGAUUCCCCUGGAGGAGGCUUUCCAGGAGUACCAGCUCAAGAUUGGGGAUUGCCUGAAGGCUCAGAAGGAGGAGAGGGAAAAAAUGGUUACUUGCAGAACAGACGCAGAACAAGAAGUGCGGGAGAUGCUUGACCUAAUCCAAAGAGAGAGAGGAAAGACAGUGGCUGAGUUCAGAGAACUAUGAUGCUGGUUAGAAGAUCAGGAGAAGCUUCUGCUGGCCAGAAUGGAGGAGACGGAGAAGGAGGUUGUGGCCAGAAGGGACGAGGGUCUGGCCCAACACGUGGAGGAACUCUGCUCUCUUGACGAACUCAUCCAGGAGAUGGAGCAGAAGCAUCAGCAGCCAGCAAGGGAACUCUUAGCGGACAUUGGAAGCACCUUGAAGAAGUACCAGACAAAAAAGCCAUAUGAGAAUCCGGUGGCUUUUCCUCCAGAGCUGAAGUGGACAAUCUGGGAUUACAGCGAUAUCAGCGUCUUUCUGAAAGGCAUCAUGAAACAAUUCAGAGAUACCCUGGAAUUUGGACUUCAUCUGCAGGAAGCAAAUGUAGUUCUGGAUCCAGGCACAGCCCAUCCCUGCCUCGCCGUCUCGGGGAAUCGUAAAGAUGUCAGAUAUGUUUAUGGAACACAACAUUAUGGAUCAUAUUCUUAUGGAGGACAAUACUCCCUCCAAAACUCUGAAAGACUUGAAAAUUGGUGUUUUGUCCUUGGAUGUCAGGGGUUCUCAAGAGGGAGACAUUUCUGGGAAGUCACUGUAGGAGUUAAGGAGCUAUUGGCCAAAUGGACUGUAGGAGUUGCCAAAAAGUCAGUGAAGAGAAAGAAUAUCGUCAAUCCUUGCCCUGAGGAUGGGAUCUGGGAGUUUGGGAAAUACGAAAGUAUAAUCCAGGAGCAGCUUCGCCCAAAAUACCCCGAAGUUCACCUGAACGGGGAGCCCAAGAGGAUCCGAGUCUCCCUGAACUGCGAAGGGGGACAGGUGGCCUUUUUUGAUGCCCAGACCGCAGCCCUUCUCUACACGUUCUCGGGUGCUUCCUGGGCUGGAGAGACCCUUCUGCCCUCCUUCCUUCUGAGCAAGGAUGUCUCCCUGACACUCUCCCCCUAAAACUUGGGAAAUACGUGGAGAAAACUUUCGAAAACUCCCUACUGGCCAAGCAGUGAUCUCUGAAAGCCUGUAGGGCAAAUCUGCACAGAAGUGAAUACUGCC